UUGAACUCAAAUCUUCCUGAUUUCAGGUCCAGCUCCUCUAUCUACUGUGUCUCCUGGCUAGUUAGUAUGGAUUAUAGUAUUUGGGGGUUAAUAUGACCCCCAUCUCUAUUAAAAAUGGAACAGAAUUCACAAAUUCUGACUGGCCUCAGCCUCAAGAGAGGAGAAAGAUAUAACAGCCUGCUUUAGACUCAGCAGAGCCUAGUGGCUUCAUUUCUACGCUUCAGACUGUUUUUAUCAUUACCCUGUCAGCCAGCGGGUGGGAGGAAGGGGAGAAAAAAGCAGCCAUGUGUGGCAGAGGCCUCAAGUUUCCUAUUUGGGGGGAGGAGAGCCAGGAUGGAGUGUUUGUCCCUUGCCCAGUGACCUGUGGCGGAGCUACUUCCAGUGAAACCUCCCUCCCCCCAGGACAGCCACAGCACUAAUGGAGCAGAGAAUCUCACACUGAUCUCAUAGAUAUGCAACUCUGGCCAUAGAUGGGUACCAGGACCCCUCUCUAUAUCCUCCCACCUUCUAAUCUAUUGCUCUUACUUCCUAGCCCAACCCUCUGCUCCCAGGCACAAAGCUCCAUCCAGGCAAGGAUGAAUAUUUUCCAAGGUCCCCUUCUCCCAUGUUCUACCAACCUCUGCCCCCCAAACUUUUGCCUAGGGCUGUACUGCAAAUCUAGGACAGGAAACUGUCUCCAUCUUUCCCAAUUCUGCUGAAUACUCCGGAAAGGCUUCCCUUCUUAGAACCAUCAAGUUGCACUCCAUUCUUUGUGUGUGUCCUAACCCUAAUACCAAGCCGGGAGCUCCCAGAUGAUGGUGGCUCUUUGAUUCCUACUGAUGAUGGCUACUCCCAACCAACAGCUUAGACAUCCUUGAGUGCAGAGUCAACAUUCUCCUCCAUUAGUCCAGGGCUCAAGACCCUAGGCAGGUUGGGGAAGGGAAGGUGUCUGGGUGCCAGUCUGUGGUCCCUCUACCAACCUGCCUGCCCUCCUGCUCCCAGGUGGUGGUGAAUGCCCUCCUGGGCGCCAUCCCUUCCAUCAUGAACGUGUUGCUCGUCUGCCUGAUCUUCUGGCUCAUCUUUAGCAUCAUGGGGGUCAACCUGUUUGCGGGGAAGUAUUACCGAUGCAUCAACACCACCACCUCGGAGAUUUUUGACAUCUCUGUUGUCAACAACAAGUCGGACUGUUUCAAAUUGAUGGACACUGGGGAGGUCCGAUGGGUCAACGUCAAGGUCAACUUUGAUAAUGUGGGCCUUGGGUACCUCUCACUCCUGCAGGUGGCUACUUUCAAAGGUUGGAUGGACAUCAUGUAUGCUGCUGUAGACUCCCGAGAGGUUGAAGAACAGCCCCAGUAUGAAGUGAAUAUUUAUAUGUACAUUUACUUCGUCCUCUUUAUUAUCUUUGGUGCCUUCUUCACCCUCAAUCUCUUCAUUGGAGUCAUCAUUGACAACUUCAACCAGCAAAAAAAGAAGUUUGGAGGGAAGGACAUCUUCAUGACAGAGGAACAGAAGAAAUACUAUAACGCCAUGAAAAAACUAGGCUCCAAGAAGCCACAGAAGCCAAUUCCUCGGCCUCAGAAUAAGAUUCAGGGCAAGAUUUAUGACUUUGUGACCAAGCAAAUAUUUGACAUCGCGAUCAUGUUCUUGAUCUGUCUCAACAUGGUCACCAUGAUGGUAGAGACAGACGAUCAGAGCCAGCUGAAGAUUGACAUCCUUUACUACAUCAAUAUGGUGUUCAUCGUCGUCUUCACGGGCGAGUGCAUGCUCAAGAUGGUGGCUCUUCGCCACUACUACUUCACUGUCGGCUGGAACAUCUUUGACUUUGUGGUGGUGAUCCUCUCCAUUGCGG